AUGAUUUUGGAGGAAUGCACCAAGGCCCCGACCAUAUGGGAUGCUAUGCCUGGAGAUGCUUUGAACAAUUGGACUUGUAACCCGUCCCCGGUUCUCCGGGAAUCUUGCAAGCAAACUAAUAAAUCCGUCAAUGCCAAGAAUGUGACAUGUAAUGAAACAAGCGCGCAAAACCCGAACAGUGAACAAACUUUCGCAGAAUAUGAAGAAGAUAUGCAGCCUGGAGAGUUGACUAAGGAGUUUGAACAAUUUGAGAAUAAAGAAAAGCCAAAUUUGGAUGAAACUGAGACGAUAAAUUUGGGAGAUUCAGCAGAAUUGGUGAGGGAAACAAGAAUUAGUGUCCAUUUGACUCCUUCCCAAAGAAAAGACCUCAUUGAUCUGUUGAGACAAUACAUAGAUGUGUUUGCAUGGUCUUAUGAUGAUAUGCCGGGUCUAAGCACGGAUAUUGUUUCACACAGGCUGCCAAUUGAUCCCUCUUGCCCCCCAGUAAAGCAAAAGCCGAGAAAGAUCAAGCUUGAUUUGAGUUUAAAGGUUAAGGAAGAAGUCUCCAAGUUCAUUCUGGUAGCUAUUGAUUACUUCACAAAGUGGGUAGAAGCAUCUUCAUACAAGUCUGUGACAAAGAAGGUGGUGACAGAUUUUGUUCGUAAUAACAUCAUUUGUAGAUUUGGGAUCCCCGAGUCAAUUAUUACAGAUAAUGGAGCUAAUCUCAAUAGUGGUUUGAUGCAUGAGAUAUGCGAGAAGUUCAAAAUUAUUCACCGCAAUUCCACUCCUUAUCGACCUCAGAUGAAUGGAGCAGUUGAGGCCGCCAACAAAAAUAUCAAAAGGAUAUUACGGAAAAUGAUUGAUAACUACAAGCAUUGGCAUGAGAGUUUGUCAUUUGCCCUUCUUGGCUACCGCACCACAAUCAGGACUUCGACUGGGGCAACACCUUAUCUUUUGGUUUAUGGAACAGAAGCAGUAUUACCAAUGGAAGUUGAAAUACCAUCUCUGAGGAUCAUCCAAGAAGCUGAGUUAAGUGAUGCCAAGUGGACGCAAAGCCGGUAUGAACAAUUGAUGCUCAUUGAUGAAAAAAGAAUGAAUGCAGUUUGUCAUGGGCAACUUUAUCAACACAGGAUGGUCAAAGCUUUCAACAAGAAAGUAAGAUUGAGGCAGUUUGAACCGGGACAAUUGGUGUUGAAGCGAAUAUUCCCGCACCAAGAUGAAGCUAAGGGCAAGUUUGCACCUAAUUGGCAAGGACCUUAUAUGGUUCACCGAGUACUGACUGGAGGAGCUUUGAUUCUAGCAGAAAUGGAUGGCAAGAUAUGGCCAAAAGCUAUCAAUGCAGAUGCGGUUAAGAGAUACUACAUCUAG